GUGCAUCCAAAUACGAUAAAGAUAGCGAGUCGUUGGCAUCUCAAUUUUAUAGCUCAAGAAAAUCACCAUGAGUGACAACAACUUAAAAUUAAAGUGGCUCAAGCCUUUCCUUUAUUUGAUUGUUUCUGCGUUGCUUUCUUCUAAAGUUUGCGCCGAUAAUUCAACGGACUAUUCUGAUGGAUUUGAGGACUUUCUGCUCAUCCAACCGGCACCUAUGGUCAUCCCAGAAUGCGGAAUGAAUGAAGUGUAUCAGAGCUGCGAAGUCGACUGCAUCGAUUGCGAAAACAGAGGAGUUUGUGAACCCCAGAACUGUCACAUAACCCACUGCGAUUGCAGAAUGUAUUUUGUUCAUGUCAAGCCAGGAGGCCCAUGUGAACAUGUCAGUGUUUGUCCCCCUCGUGAAUGCCCAGAAAACGAAGUAUACCGACAUUGUGGGCCCUACUGCGAAGCUUGUGACAUGGCCCCCUGCAGGUCGAUGGAGUGCUCGUCCCGGUGCUAUUGCAAGCAAGGAUACAGAAGGAACAGAGAAACAGGAAAAUGCAUCCCAGAAAAAGAAUGUCCAGAAAGACUUACUUGCAUAUCAAACGACGUCUUAUCGACGAGUGGUCCGGUCAGUGACCACUGCAUGCUAACGGAAUCUGAAACGCUCCGAGUGAAUGAAACGAUUGAAGAGGAGAAAUGCUAUUGUGCGAAGGGAUACAAGAGGAAUUUCCAUGGUUGGUGUAUCGAAGAAGAACUGUGCUCAUUCGUUACGUGCUUGGAACAAACAGAAUUUCAAGAAUGCCCUAGAAAAUGCAAUACUACCUGUUGGAACUACGGAGAUCCGAAUUGUAAAGAGGAUGGUCAGUGCUAUCCAGGCUGCUUCUGUCCUGACGGCUAUGUCUUGAACGAAUUUUUCGCCUGCAUUCCUUUGGAAAUGUGCCCACCAGGUUCCAAUCCAUUUGUGCCUACCCUCCCUCCACCCGCAGUCGCUCCCAUCCCUGAACCUGAGUUGGAAAAAACGAGUAAUGCCACAACUGAGGCAACAGCAGAAAGUGGACCAGCUUCGGCACCCAGCUCAGAAACAGAAAGUAGCUCAGCAUCGACAACUGAAUCUCCAGCUGAAAGUAAAUCAACUUCUGCCGCGACAGAAGGCACCGAAAAACCAAAAGAAGCUGAACCUGAAGAGACGACAACAGAAGAAACAACUACAGAAGCACCGAAGAAAUCGUCUAAAAAAGCUUCUAAAGGUGGUAAGAUUUACAAAUCGUUUGCUCGGCCUGGAAAGACAGCAGCAGCAUCUACUUCUUCAUCUUCCUCGGAUGCCUCUUCUUCAAAAUCUUCGUCUACUGAAGAAGAAAAGGCAUAAGAACUGUAGGUUUUUGCUUCAAGAAUUCGGCGAAGGACUUUUUGCUUGGAAGAAUAUGCUCAUUGUAGUUUUCGAGUGUAAAACAACAAUUGAUGGAAUGUGUACUUGUUUUCCUUCGUUGCCAAUGAAGCAAAAUCCUUUGGAUUUACAAGCAAACUCUGUGUCUUUUACUUCAUUUUUAAUUCACGGGCUUCAUGCUAAGCCUGGCAUCUUGUAUAUAGUUUUGAAUAUAACGAUAUAUAUUCUUCAGAAAAGUAUGAAGUAAAUGGACUUUUUUUUUGUAAA